UUCACGCUGGCGCUGCUGUCUGGCGCCUGCGCUGGCACGACGGUCGACAUCGCGCUCUACCCACUCGACACGCUCAAGGUGCGGCUGCAGUCCGAGAAGGGCUUCAUGGCGGCCGGCGGCUUCCGCGGCGUCUACACAGGCGUCCUCGCCACCGCUUUGGGCGCCGCGCCGGGUGCCGCCUUCUUCUUCUCGGCGUACGAGGGGUUCAAGCCCAUCUUCCGCUCGCUCAACGGCGGCGUCGAGCACCCGCUGCAGCACUCGUGCUCCGCCUCGGUCGGCGAGGUCGCCGCCUGCCUCGUCCGCGUGCCGACCGGCGUCGUGACGCAGCGGAUGCAGGCUCGGUACUCGAACUUCCUCGAGGCGGUGCGCGGGAUCGCGGCGCAGCCGGGCGGGCUGUCGACCUUCUACCUCGGCUUCUGGACGACGGUCGCGCGCGAGAUCCCCUUCUCCUUCAUCCAGUUCCCCAUGUACGAGGGCCUCAAGAAGGCCCCGCUUCUCGCAGGCGCAGUGUGCGGCUCGCUCUCCGGCUCCGUCGCGGCGGCGCUGACGUGCCCGCUCGACGUCGUCAAGACGCGGAUGAUGCUCGGCUCAAAACCCGCCGCAGGCACGCUCUCCUCGCUGCGCACCAUCGCCGCCGAGGAGGGCGCGGCGGCGCUGCUCAAGGGCAUCGGGCCGCGCGUGGGGUGGAUCUCGAUCGGAGGCAGCCUCAUC